UAGCGGGAGGGUUUGAGUUGCUGAGGAAACUCCAGCAGAGGAAGUUGCCGAUCCCACACUAAAAAUUGUGUCCAACAACCAACCCCACCAAGAACGAUAAGCAGCCACCCACCAACCAUCUCAUCAUGGCUUCAACAUCCAUGCAAAAAUUAUCCUUUGGCGUACUUCCCCAAUUGCGAGCGAGUCUCAUAAGCGCCAGGUCAUGCUAUUCUGCCUCUCGGCCGAACCUGAAACUCACUAAAAACACCAAAGUGAUUUGUCAAGGGUUCACCGGCAAGCAGGGGACGUUUCAUAGCAAGCAGGCUAUCGAAUAUGGGACAAACAUGGUGGGUGGAGUUUCUCCGGGUAAGGGUGGGAAGGAACAUCUUGGUCUCCCAGUGUUCAACUCGGUGAAAGAGGCAAGAGCGGGGACAGGGUGUGAGGCGACCGUAAUCUAUGUUCCUCCUCCCGGUGCGGCUGCUGCCAUUUUGGAAGCUAUUGAUGCCGAAGUUCCUUUAAUUGUGGCAAUCACUGAAGGAAUUCCCCAGCACGACAUGGUUCGUGUCAAGCACAGAUUGACACGUCAAGGAAAAUCUCGGCUCAUUGGACCAAAUUGUCCAGGAAUCAUUGCUCCGGGCCAGUGCAAAAUUGGAAUCAUGCCAGGUCACAUCCACCAAAAGGGGAUCAUCGGAAUCGUGUCUCGGUCAGGAACGUUGACCUACGAGGCAGUUCACCAAACCACCCAGGUAGGAUUAGGGCAAACCCUCUGCGUAGGAAUUGGCGGUGACCCCUUCAACGGAACGAAUUUUAUCGACUGCCUGGAAGUGUUUCUCAAUGAUCCAGAGACCAAAGGAAUCAUUUUAAUUGGAGAAAUCGGUGGCAGUGCAGAGGAAGAAGCGGCAGAGUACUUGAUAAAACACAACUCUGGUUCAAAGAGCAAGCCUGUUGUCUCGUUCAUUGCCGGACUUACUGCCCCACCCGGUAGACGAAUGGGACAUGCUGGUGCCAUCAUUUCUGGGGGCAAAGGUGGUGCUCAGGAUAAGAUCAAGGCUUUGGAAGAUGCUGGCGUCAUCGUCACAAAGAGCCCGGCGCAGAUGGGGAAUGUUUUGAUGCAAGAGAUGCGAAGUCGGAAAAUUGCUUAAUGCCAAUAAAAUCCUCUUAGUGAGUGAAACUUAGUCCAAAUGAGGGAAAGAAAACUCAUUUCUCUGUAAAUUACAACUGCGUUACUAUAAAUAAGUUUAGAAAUUA